AUGGCUCACCGCAACAACAAGAAGAAGAUCAAUCGACUUCAAUCCAACCCCCGACCAACUGCACCCCCGCCACAAAUCAUUGCUCCCGCAACCGGAGCACCCGACGGGCACGACCCACCAGACGAGACUGCACGCCACCCGCCGGAGACAAAGACACCCGCACCAAGUCCAUCUCCGGUCCCCAUAGUAUCGCCAGCACCCAUCGUCGUCCCACCCCCUCGAGCAGCUAUUGAGACAGAAUGGCCUGACGAGAACCCUUACGAGUACAGGAUGUCUUCUCCAUUGAGCUCCGUACAGUCUGGAGUGGCAUCAAUCACACGAGACGGCUUCUUCGACAUAUCAAGUACUGCAGAAGCGCACACCUCAGUUGGUCGCACGAACAGGGUCCCUUCAAUCUACGGCUCCGUCUACGAUUACAUCGGCGACAUUCUGCAGGACCCUGAGCGCAAAAGGAUCCUGAUCGCCGCGCUGAAGGCUGGACACGAGUACACAGGGCGACAGACGCUCCGGCCCAGUAAACAGAAUCACCUCCGACUCAUCCUCGCUAGCGGAGUGUUUCGCAAGGAGCGCUAUCUACUGCUCGACGUCGUAGCCUCACCACGCACGUUAGCGACGAAGAAAGAUCGUCUUUGGCCCGAUCCGGACGACAUGGACGAACUCACCCUAAUGCUGGGACAACGACGCGCAGAAGCCGCACCUUCCUUUGUGAUUGCCAACAAACGACUUCCGCCCGUCCCCAUCUGGGGUAGAGACAGCAUGACGUACAUGCGCAUGCAUUCGGAAGACAACUACGACAUUCUAUCCAUCUGCUUCCAUCGUGAGGUCGAAAGUUUCUUACAGACGCUAGCUGACGUUCACACCUUCGCGGAAAAACCUGAUCAUCCCGAGGACGACGACCUGCCGGGAUUGCGGAGGGGUGAACCUGAGUCCAUAGUCGAAUUCCGAGCCUCUUCUCCUAUCAACAGCGCACGCACGCCAAAUAACGCUUACCCGCACAUCGAAGAGCACUCGCUGACGAGGGAGGAACCCCAAGCAUUCUACACCCCCGCUGCGGUACCCGAGAAAUGGCCAACCCCAGCCAGGAACAUUGUGGGGAGAGCCCUCACGCGCGCGCAAGCUGCGCUCUCAUCGCAAGGCGCGUUGCGUCAACACGAGGCGUCGGAAGCCAAACCCAAGAUGCUUCCUAUCCGUCACGAGAACCAUGCCGACACGGCACCCUUCGGAAAUGAAGGCCGCGAGGAGUACCCGCCAGCAAUCCGGGACGCGCCGCCACACCUCGCGGACACCGCGUCCGCUGCGCUCCUGGGGCACAAAAUGGAGAGCUCUCGAGGAGACGAACAACGACGGGGAGGAUCACCGCGAAUCGAACCCCCCACACACACGGCAGGACUGCAACAAAUCUUCGAACCGACGGGCCACUCGCGAGCACCAGGACCGCGUAUAGCGCAGUCGCUGACAUACGAUGAAGGUUCCUGGAUGAGCACACCGUCCUCAUUGCACCUGACAACCGCCUCGGCGGAGUCCAUUCACGACGCACACCCCGAAACACGUGCAGGCCACCCAUCACCCGGCGAUACGAGAAACAGGAAGCUCCUUGGCCGGAUCGGCCCAGAGCUCCAACUCCGCACUCGCUCCAAUCACGAUUCGUGA